AUUACAUACGUUUGUCGUGUUUUGGCGGCAGUUUUCAUUCGGCCGCGAGAUCUCACGGAGCGCGGACGUGUGACGUUAAAUACAACGUGUGGAUUAUAGCCAAAUCUAUUUCAAAUACGGAAGAUUAAUCAUGAACACUGGUUGGCUUGUAUGGGAGUGCGUGGUGUUUGGCAUAUUCGUGUUCGCUUCGUCGUUCGCUCCGCUAUGGAAGCGCAAGAAGGACGCGAAGGCGGGGGGCAACGCGAAGCGGGCGUACAUCUUUGCGGGGGGAGGGGUGUCCGUGUUAUCGAUGGUGCUGUCUGUGGCUAGAGGCACAUUGGGAGUGAGGUUAUUUUUGGGCUUUCCCUCUGAGCUCGUGUAUUUUGGUUCUGCGAUGUGGGAGACGCUGUAUGGCAUGAUCUUAGCAUUCCCUAUCGUCUGCUGGGUCUUCAUACCGGUCUACUUCAGGCUGCAAACCAACUCCGUUUAUGAGUACUUGGAGAUGCGAUUCGGUUCCAAAUCAGUUCGACGUCUAGCGGCCGCGACGUUCCUACUCCGGCAGAUCCUGAACCUCGCUGUCACUGUGUACACGCCUACAGUGGCCCUGCACGCUAUACUCGGCCUACCGCAUUGGGCGUCAGCUGCCGCGCUUACCGUGGUAGCUGUGGUGUUUAACCUGCUUGGCGGGCUGGCUGCUGCCAUACGAGCUGAUGUUAUUCAAACACUGACAAUGGUACUGGUAAGCGGCGCCUUUAUAAUACAAGCCACGAUCAAAUCCGGGGGCCCAGUUAAGGUUGUACAAGACAAUAUUGAUGGUGGAAGGAUGAAUUUCUUCAACUUCACCUGGGAUCCAACAGUGCGCGUUGACACCUUCUCCGCAAUCCUCGGCCAGCUCUUCAUGUCUGUUUCCAUAUACGGCUGCCAGCAAACGUUGGUCCAACGUUACUGCUCAAUGCCGAGCGAAGCAAAAGUCAGGAAGAUUCUCUUGGCCAAUGUUCCUGCGUUCUGUAUUCUGUUUAGUUUGUCCUGGGUUGUUGGUAUGGCACUAUAUGGGCUAUAUAGAUACUGUGACCCUUUGAUGAGUGGAAGGAUCAGCGAGCCGGAUGAAGUACUGCCCUUCUAUGUGCAAGAUCAGUAUGGAUUCUUGCCGGGUAUGCUCGGAUUGUUUUUGGGCAGUAUCUUCAAUGGAGCUUUGAGUUUUAUGGUAUCAAAUAUAAACUCAUUGUCUACGGUAACAUGGGAAGAUUUUAUCUCAACCGCGCCAGCGUUCAGAGGGAUAAACGACAAACAACAAUUGACGAUCAUUAAGGUGAUUGGCGUCAUUUACGCUGUAACGAUAAUGGGUAUGUCAUUAUUCGUGAGCCUCGUGAACGGUGUAGUGGAAGCCAACAUGCUGGUGACAUCAGCGACAUCUGGUGCGCUUUUGGGCGUGUUUCUAUUGGCUGCUUUGUUUCCAAUGGCCAAUGCGAAGGGGGCAAUGUGUGGGAUGAUCGUAUCUCAUGUCCUGACCGUUUGGAUGGCUUUGGGCAGGUUGAUUUAUGUGGAUGCGAAAAUGGCUAUGCUACCUUUGUCUGUUGAGAGCUGUCCCAACGCUACACUAAACGCAUUAAGCCCUAAGCCAAUGACGGUAGUUGCGAAUCGCACACUCACACAAUACGCGUCCGUGUUCGACGCGAUUGACAGCACGCACACACCGAGGCCACCGAAUGAGAACCUUCUAUUCGACAGUUUGAUGAAGGUAUACUCAAUAUCGUAUAUGUGGUAUGCUGUUAUAGGCACAAUUGUGUGCGUAGUUUGCGGCGUCGUCAUUGGCUACAUAACCGGCAAUGACGAUGACAAUUUUGAUGAACGCCUCGUCCAUCCAUUAGUGGCCAAAAUCGCUCGAAAGAUGCCCGGCAGACAGCGUACAUUUACAACAGCAGAACGCGAGAAAACCUCAGAGGAAAAGGAAGCUUCUGACAAGACUUGUGAAACGAUAGUCGAGGAUGAGAAACCGUCGUUAAAACCGGUGUUUUCUACUAGUAAUAGUAAAAUAUUUGAUGCGUACGAUAGUAAAAUGUCCCCUAUGAGGACAAGACUAUGACGAGCUGAAUAUGAGAUUGUGUUAGUGUCAUUUAUUUAUUGUAGCCUUGUGCAGUGUUUUGUCUCGUUCUUGCAUAAGCUCAUUGAUGUAUGUACGAAUAUGACAGAAAAGAUAUUGUACAAGUUUUGUUUUGUAAGGAUUUUGUUUUAAACAAUAGGGAAUUAAUUGUGCAGAGUAUUAUUAUUAUUAUAAUCUUAUCGAUGGAAGUGACGUUUAUAUUAACUCGAUUGAUAUUCUUGUAAGCCGCUAGUAUUUAUGAAGCAGAGGAUUAAUUCGCAUUUCUUACUCGCAUUGAAGAAUAAAUAGUGUUGGAAUAUGUUAAGUAUUUUUGAGUUACAGAAAAGGAUAGAGCUAUUCAAAAUAUUGCAUCUCUCUCUAACAUUUAUGAAAACCCUCUUUGAAGUGGCGGUUUAUAAAUGCUUACAAUAUUGUCGUCUUAGCAUAUUUUAAGCUGGUCUGACCCUAACGGAAUGGCUGUUUGAAUUCAAUUCCUAAAUUCAGAAUCUAAAUUCACACGUGUAUUGUGUAACUUUUUUGUGUAUUUAAGCUAAUAAUUUUGCACAAUUGAGACGAUUCAUAAUUUUAAUUGCUCUGUGUAUGUUCGUAAAAAUAAAUGUUUAGAAAUAUUUGCAUCUUAAAUUCAGAAUCUUGUUUUUGGGUCCGGACGUGCACACGUCAGAAGCAUAUUAACUGAAAAAUUAAGAAUCUGUUAAAUUCAGAAUGGGUUUCAAACAGUGAAAUUGUAUGCGUUUCCGUGCUUUCUGAAUUCAUAUUCUGUAUCCAGAGAUGUAUUUUGAACGUGUUAAGCUGGCCCUAGUCAGUGCAGACAGUAACUUCAGAGUGUGUAAUGCUUGUUAAUAUAUAUCACAAUGUCACUAUCUUUGAAAUUGCGAAAAAAUUUAACCAACGUCGUUGUCAUUUUUGACUUCAUCAAGUGCUGUAUGUUUUAUUUCUGUGUAAAUGUUAAAUAUGCCGAAAGCUAUCAAAGUAAUGCCUAGUAUAUGGAAGCGCCGGUGAUGACACCCUUCAUUUCCGGGAUAAGUCUGUGGCACAAGAUUGAUAUCUUUUUUGUAUUGUUAUCUUAGUUUGGCACUAGAUGGCGCUGUGAUAAAGGGCCAAAUAUUUUUUUUUAUUUUCAA